AUGGGAAAAUCACAUUUGAAAAUUUAUACCAUUUUAUUGAUAAGCAAUCUAUGUUCUAUUGCCAUAGGAUAAAUAUUUGUGAAAUUUCAGGAUUAAUGUGCUUGCGAACAAUUACUCUAUGAGAAUGAAUGCAAGGCUAAUCCAAUAUGCAACUAUUCUAAUGAUAGAUGCUAAACUAUUGAAUGCUCUCUCUUGCCUGUAAAAAAUUGUGGUUAUAAUAAAAAUUGUGCUUUGGUAAAUAAUACAUGUGUUGAUUUUAAAUCAUGUGGAUCUCAUAAUGCUACAACAGAAGAAGCUUGUGACAAAUUAAAUCAUAAUUGCUACUUUGAUGAUGAUGAUAGGAUUUGUGGAAAUCCAUAACCAUUCGAUCUGGGUACCUGUUCUUAAGACUUAUUUUCAAUAUGCUUGAUAGCUAAUGAAGGCCUUUGUGUUAGGAAAAACGGUGUUUGCAAAGAAAUGACAGUUUGUGAAGAAGCUGCUUAUAAUAGUUUAUAAUGUUUAGCAGCUUUUCCAGCCUGCGAAAUGGGUGAUGAAAUAUGUGUAUCUCAUUUAAAAUGCAGUCAAUCAGAAUGGCUUGGUUGCGCAAUCGCAAAGGAGAAGAUCAAUGGAGAUAGAUAUCAACUUUGUAUGAGAGGAAUCAGUGGAUGUGUAAAUUUUGACCCAAGUUAACAAACAAAAGAAUCUUGUUGGAAGAAUUCCUCUUCAUUCUAUCAUUGGGAUGGCUAAGAAUGUUCAAGAUGUAAUUGGGCUUCAAUAAUCAAAUCUGUAUUAUUUGUAGCACUUUUAAUCUUGGGCAUUUGAGGAUCAUGCACAUUAUUAUACAUAUAAAU